AUGCAAUGUUCUUGGCUGAAGGAUACUCCCAGGCUAGAUUAUGCACCAUCUCAUACCUUGCACUUCGCCUUCAUUCUUACAUACCUGGGGGUGCUGAAAAAUGGAGCCCCAACCUCGGCCAGAAUAGGAAGGUGGGGUCCUGAUCUCGGGCCGACCCUUGUUGGUGAGGCUGUUAGUCAUUCCGAUCCUAUCCUGACCAUGUUCACAGUAACUUAG